AAAGUGUCUGAGACGCCAUGCGUGAGAGGUCUCUUCCCGCCUCUCCUAACUGGUACAGCUCGCGCUGCAGUGAUGUCAGCAGCAGCGGUUUGCUGGGAGUCGGAGCCAAAAAUGUAAUCUAUCUGAUUGAGGUUUCUGCUGCUUCAUGCAGGGUUACAGGUGAACUCGUGGGCCACAGGGACUUGGUGUCUGGCUUUUCGUUCUGCCAGCACUCUGAGCAGAGUCACAUUUGUGUCAGCUCCUCCACUGAUGGCAGUGUGCGCUUCUGGGACUCCAAUAACAAAACUUUAAUCAGGAAAAAUGCGCCUCAUCAGAGCCCCAUCUCAGCAGUGCACUGGUCCCCUGCAGAUAAAAACCUGGUGGUGUCGGGUGACGAGAAGGGAGUGGUGGUCUGCCACUGGUUCCACACCGAUGACACGGCCAUCUUCUUCCCCGAGCCGAGGACCAUCUUCUGCCUCACCUGCUCUCCUCACAGCUGGAAGUCUGUGGCUGUUGGGUACAAAGACGGGAUGAUUGUGCUGAUUGACAUUAGUAAAAAAGGUGAGGUGAUGCAUCGUCUCCGGGGACAUGACAACGAGAUCCACUCUCUGGCGUGGUCUCCGCUGAUCGGGGAGGACGCACUCUACACCAGAUCUGAGGACCAUGAUGCAACAAAUGGAGUUUCAGCUGGGGAAGAAUCAGGCUGCUUCCUGGCUUCUGGAAGCAAAGACCAGACGGUGAGGAUCUGGAGCACUGCCAAGGGAAAAGGCGUGAUGACGUUGAAACUGCCGUUUCUAAAGAGAAGAGGCUCUGCUGUCGACCCCGGGGUGAAAGAGAGGAUCUGGCUCAACGUCCACUGGCCAAAGGGACGAGCGACACAGCUUGUUUCCAGCUGCUUCAGCGGUGAGCUGGCAAUGUGGGAUUUGGCCAAGACCGGUAAGCAGAAGUGGAGUCUGUUUGGAACGUCGUCUGAGGGUCAGAACCACAGCCGGAUCGUCUUCAACAUGAGUUCUGUUCAGCUGCAGGACGGCCGAGAGAUUCUCAUCAGCACAUCCAUGGACAGAGAGAUUAAAUGCUGGGACAUGGACUCUCUGAGCUGCUGUUGGACCCUGCCCACGCUGGGGGGUCACGUCUACACCUUGAGCUUCUCCCCAGUGGGCGUCGGCUGUCUUGCGCUUGGCGUCGGGGACAACCUGAUCCGAGUGUGGAAUACGCUAAGCACCCAGAACCAGUACGACGUCAGAUCGUUUUGGCAGGGCAUCAAGUCCAAGGUCACAGCGCUGGCGUGGCACCCGAAAAAAGAGGGGUCCUUGGCUUUUGGAACCGAUGAUGGAAAAGUUGGGAUCUAUGACGUCUUCUCCAACAAGCCUCCUCAGAUAUCGAGCUCCUAUCACAGGAAGACUGUGUACACAUUGGCCUGGGGGCCCCCAGUGCCCCCGCUGUCGUUUGGUGCAGAAGGAAAGCAGAGCUACAGUCUGUACAGCUGCGCCGGCGAGGGCAUCAUCCUGCAACACGAACCAGCGAGGCUGAACGGAGAGGCAUCAGACAUCGACGAGCUCAUCAGAGACACCAACAACAUCCAGCACAAGUUGUCUCCACACACGGACCUCAGCUGGAAGCCGGAUGGGAAGGUUGUCGCCAUCGGCAACGAGGAUGGGAGCAUCGAUGUGUAUCAGGCUCCCAGUCUGUUGCUGCUGUGCAGCAUCCAGCAGCACCACAAGAUCAUCAACACGCUGCGAUGGCACCACGACCACGGCGCUGCGCCGGAACUCCACUGCCUGCUGGCCUCAGGCUCCAGCAAUGCCAUCGUCUACAUCCACGACCUCCGCUCUGUCAUUGAGAAUCCUCCAGAGAGCCCGGCGGUGCUGACUGAGCCGUACCGCCGGCUCUGUGGUCACACGGCUAAAAUCACCAGCGUGGCCUGGAGUCCGCACCACAGCGGCCGACUCGUCACCGCCUCAUACGACGGCACGGCUCAGGUGUGGGACGUCCUGGAGGAAGCGGCCGUCUCCAACUACCGUGGUCACACUGGGUAUCUGCUGUGUGUUGACUGGUCUCCAGCUGAUCCAGAUGUGAUCUGGACUGGAGGGAAAGACUUCACAGUCCAGGAGUGGAAGGUCUCCCAGCAGGAGUUCACCAAGCCCCCUAAAGGGAAGAAGAUGGUCAUGAUGCAGGAAAAGAAGCAGAAGAAGAAGAACAAGAUGGCAUCAGGAUCUGUUGGACCGGCAGAACCGAAGAUCAACGGCGAGCCGGCAACUGAAGGAAAGCAGGCAGAGCAGGCUCUGUCUGAGGAAGACGAAGAGGAAGAAGUCCGAUCAACAAACAGUCUGGAAUCUCCAGCUGCAGUUAUUGAGGUACCAAGGAAAUCCACUCCUGCUGCAAAACUUAAAGACAAACCAGACCUGAUGAAGAAGAAGAAGCCUCGCUCCAUGCUGCCUCUCAGCACAUCCAUGGACCACAGGCCCAAAGAGGAGCUGCUGCAGGACUGCCUGACUCUGGCUUCAGUCAAACACUCCAGUGCGCCACCUGCAGGCUGUGUCCCAGGCCAAGGAGAUUAUAUCCACCUGGGUCUGUUUCAUGACAGAGAGGCUCUGCACCGCAUGUUUCAGGCUGAAGAGGAGAGCCAUGUGGAGGCGGGCCACUACGACUCUGUGGUGUAUUUGCGCCUGUGGAGCGGAGACCUGCAGGGGGCGCUGCAGCUCGCCACGGAGAGAGGAGAGCUCAGUGACCACCUGCUCUCCAUCGCUCCCAUGGCUGGCUUCGAGGUGUGGAGCCGUACGGUGGAGGCCUUCGUCAAGCAGCUGUGUCUGCAGGAGCAGUUCCUGAAGGCAGCGUCCCACCUGCUGUCCAUCAACAAGCUGUACGAGGCUGUGGACCUGCUGAGGUCCAACAAGCUCUACAGGGAGGCCAUUGCUCUGGUGAAAGCCCGGCUCCCUGCAGACCAGCCUCUGCUGAAGGAUCUCUACACAUGCUGGGCUGCUGUGCUGGAGAAAGACGGACAUUUAUCUGCUGCUGCUAAAUGUUACCUCGGUGCCGGCUGCAGUUUUGACGCAGCCAAAGUCAUCGCCAGGAAGAACGACGCCCCGUCUCUGAGGACGGCGGCUGAUCUGGCGAGAAUCUCCGGAGAGGAAGUUCUGGGCCAAACUCUGGCUCUGAGAUGCGCUAAAGACCUGGCCGCUGCUCAGGACUGGGUCGGAGCACAAGAGGUUCUGAGCUCACAGAGCCCCCUGCUGGCCCACAGGCUCCAUCUGUGUGUGGCUGAACUGCUGGCUGCGGCGCUGGAGGACUCUGGCGUCCUCGCCCCGGCUUCCUGUGUCUCCACUCAUCUGUGGGCAAACCUGAACGGUUACACCACCUUCCAGGACAGAGCGAGAGACAUCUGGGAGGAAGAGUUUAACGUUUGCCUGAAUUCAGCUGGAGAUCGGAGCAUCAGCGCGCUUCUGGAAGAGCUGAAGUCUGUGGAGACUCCAGCACGGAGCGCCAGCAUUCCUCUCAGACAGGUCCUGCUGUACUCCUCGGUCCAUCUGACUCGCUCGCUGCUCAGCUGGCUGCUGAGCGACGACGGGCGGCUGCUGACGGAGCUGUGGCAGGCUGCGGCUUGGAUCGGAGACUCUGGACACUUUGAGGUCUCUGCGACGUUCUGCCGGCUGCUGUUCCCUGAAGGUGACGUCAGGAUAUUUUCCAGGAAACAUUCCACAACACUCCACCUCUCUGAAGCUGAAGCUGAAGCCGAAGCCGGCAGCCUGCAGGCGGUCGUCUGUUACCACCGUCUGUAUGAGUGUUGGUGGAGGGACUCGGUGGUCCAAAAUGGACCCAGCUUCUGCAUCAACGACGAGCCGAACGACCAGGCAGGAGCGGCAGAGUUGAAAGAGCGGUGCUCUCAAGGACUGGACUUUGAGCCAUCGGCGCUUCUAUCAGAGCCUCAUGCGGCCUGUCAGGCCACUCAGAGGUCAGUGAGAGAGACCCAGGAGCGACUGUCCACCAUGGUUCUGCAGCACAGCCGGGUCCAGGAUGGACGGACGGACUCUGGGAACCAACAGGAAGGCAGUCAGUCUCAGACAGCAACCUCAGACGUUGAGCAAGGAUCUGAGGAGGAGGAAACUUUCCUUUCUUUGUCCUCAAAGAUGUCCAAACUCCAACAGACCCUAGAAAACAUUCCCAACACAAUCAAGAUGUUUCCUCGUCCAGAUGUGGUGGAAUGUUGCCUUGUUCUCUUGCAUCUCGACAAGUCGUCUUCUGUUUCAGACGUCCUUCGACAACAGGCCAAAGAUCUGCUCCAAAAAUACGGAACCAGUCUGCCUGUCCUGAAAGCGUCCCGAGGAUUCCUGACGUGAUCUGGUUUUCCUUUAGACUGAAACACCUCACUCGCACAGCUUUUUUGGAAAUGAAAUAAAUCUUUGAAACAGAUCUUGAGUCGAGUGAAACUACAUCACAACGUCCGCUACCUGAUCGGAAGAUGAAAUCUUAUGUUCUCAACAAACCUGGAAGCAGAAAACGGAACAACUGAACCCACAGAGCAUUUACCUCAUUCAGAAUGAGCUAAAACAGUUUUAAUUUUUGUUGAAAUUAUACAUUUUAAUUUACAGGCCCUUCCAGCAUCAACUUAAAAAAAUAAAUCCCUGCAGGGGGUUGGGGGGGAAGAAAGGGGUUGAGGGAAUCUGUCUGAGAAGUCUUUAAAAUCCCAGGAUGUCAGGCGCUGGUCCCACGCUGUAAAAACAAACACGUUUAAAAAAAAUUGAUCCGACUUGUUUGGCCUGAGACUCGGCUAAAAAGUGACAUGGAAAGAAACGAGUCGGCCACUAAAGGAUCUGUUCCCACUGCGAGUCCAUUGAAAGUCGCUCGGAUAUGUUCACACAAGUUCCUUGUUGGAGAGCAGAAUUUUUUUUUUUUU